UUGGCGGCGGCGGCGGCGGUGAAACGUUUCUGUGAAGAAUGUCUUCGCGAUCCUUUGACAAAAUAAUCGAGGAAACAAAUUCACAAUCAGGUCUGUUUGAACAGAAUAAUAAGUUGGAAAAUGACGCUGAGCUGAGGAGUUGUGAAUUAUCCUCUUCCUCUGGUUCCACUUCCUCCCUGCUGUCUCCCAUUUACCAUGAAAGUUAUGAAAGUGAAGAUGAGGAGAAUGAGUCACUGAACAAACAGGCCGACAGACUUCAAAGGGGAAAAUCAGAAUCCACUCCAAGGAGAAGGGAAGAUAGUUUCUUAAAAGGUCAAGUGGUUUCCACUCCAAGUGGAAAAAAACAAUCCAGAAAGACCAUCCACUUGAAGAGAGAUGCGUCAUCCAAGGGAUGUGAUUUGGAGCUUUCCAAAAGUUCCACAACUUCUCUGCUCUCGCCUAUUUACCAUGACAGCUAUGAAAGUGAGGAGGGUGAGAGCGAGGCUUCCCAGACGCCCGCCAGCAGCAUUUCAAAUGGAGAAAUUGCAUCCACUGCAAAUAAAACCCUGACUAAAAAGUUGGCAAUAUUAACUCCAGUCAGAUCAAAAACUCCAAGACCUAGAACUUCUGCAAGAAAGACAAAACUAAGUGAGGAGCAGCAACAUUUAAAGGAAGUUGAGCUUACUGCAUGGGAGGAGUGGCUGAUCAAGAAAGCUAAGGAAGAACGUGUUGAAUUGCAAAAGAAAUCUGAGCAGGAGAUGGAAUUGAAACAAGUAAAAUUAAAAGAACAUGAGGAGUUCGAAAAGAAAAAAAUUCGUGCAGAAGAAGAGCAUAAACGUUGGGUGCAGAGGAAAAAUGAAAAGGAAAAGUUGGUAAAAGAAGAAAAACUUCACAAGGAACUGGAGGAAAAAAAUGUCAAGGAGCAAGAAAGAGAAUGUGCUGCAGGCAAAGCCAGUCAAAGAUUUCAGGAAUGGCUGAAGAAAAAGGAGCUUCAGAAAAUGAAGAUGAAGAAGAUUGAAAAGGAUGCUGAUGAGAAAAAAAUAGUGGAAACACAGGAGAGGAAAGAGAAGGCAGAGAAGGUUUUCCGCGAGUGGGUAGAAAAGGUGAAAACAAGACCGCGGACUGCUCCAAGCAGCUUCGGAUACGCUAAUGGUAAACUCACAGGGUACUAUGAUGGAUGUUCGUACCCAGCUCCGAGCUACUGUAAUCCAAUUCCAUGGAAACCCAUCCCUGCGCCGUGUUCAGAAGAUAACAUUAAAAAAACAACCCUGAAGGAGAAAGCAAAGCCAAAAUCAACACCCCUGUACAUCCCACAUUCCAAUGUUGCUUUCAGACCAAAGGACAAUCUCCUUGUUGGCAAUGGUUGGAGGAAAGCAAGAUGACUUUUGUCCAGCACCUUCCAUUAUUUACAUCUUUAUUCUUGUAUUUUUUUUCUCCUGGAAUUAAUAUCAGAAGCACAUUUUUUUUCCAGAUUUAUAUUUUAAUAAAAAAAUGGUUUUAUAUUCCUCUUUCAUCAAGACCAGAGUUUGCUUUUGCUCUCUGAAUACCUAGUGCCCAUUAAACACUAUGAGUGAAUAUAAAAUA